UCGGCCGUUGGGCCGCACGUUUCACAGUUCAGCUGUCAAUGAGGCCUUUCGUCACCACGACGAUAUACUGCACAAAAAUGAUGGCGUACAAUGAUUAUUAAGAUUAUAGGAAGAAAGAGGAAUGAGCUAUUGAGUAUACGUCAGAAAAAAGAAAAUCCAUUUAGUCCCUGUAGCUGACAUAAACCACAAAAAUGAAUACACCUAAACAGCAAUUUCACAGCUUGUGGAAGGAAAGUGAAAUGUCACAACAACAAAAAGGCUACGUUCAAGAAGAAAUGGUCAAGAAGCAUGAGCUAGAUACAUUGAGCACUUUGGAACAAGACUGUCAAAAGCAAAAUGAGGGAUAUUUUCAUAGAUUUCAACUGCUGAUUGACCAGAUCAAAAACUGCACAGAUAACAUGGUUUCUCUGCUCAGUGAGGUCACAGACUCACAGAACCAAAAUAUGGGCCAGCUUCUAUCCUCGCUGCCUCAGGAUCAGAGCAGAUCCCUGCUAGAACUCAUUUCAGACAUUACUUAUAAGAAUACAGAGCUAAUUCAUUUACUAAGGCAACAAGGGCUUGCAUACACUGGUAUUGCCAAAAUGCACAAAGAACACUUUGAAAUAGCUCAAGAGAAUGACAUCAUCUGUCUUGAAGAGAGGGAGCUUCAUGACCUGCUAGUCCAGAGGAUAUUGCAAGUUUCAAGCACAGGCUUUUUAAAGACUAACCUGCAGGAGAAGAGACUGAUUGAGGUGCUGAAAAAGAGGGGCAUACAGCAACAGGAAAUGAAUCAGAUUUUGGCUGAGCUUGAAGAAAAGAUUGCUAACCAUACUUCCAGUUGGCAGCAGGAACAUCUAAUUCAGGAAGAAAUGAAGGGUACACUGACUAUGAUGUGUGCUGCCCCACCUGUCUAUUUCACAGAGCUGGAAAGAAUACUGCAGCAUGAGAAAGCCAGAAUUCAUCAGCAGGUUGAACAAGCAUUACAGAUAUCUGAGGACCUGAAAACAAGGUAUUAUGAUUUGAGGGAAAACUUGCAAGCUUUCAUAGUCAAAUCAACAGAACAGCUGAAGGAAGAGAGGAAAACAAGCCAACUUCUGAUGAAACAGCUGGACAGUAGUCCUUCCAAGACAGAGGCUAAUUUGGUGCAAGAGAAUCAGAGGCUGACUGAAAGUGUAGCAGGGAGAGAAAGAGAAAAAAAGCUAAUGCAGAUAAAAAUUAAGGAGCUUGAGAGUGCCUUGGUUGGUGCAGAAGACAGGGUUUCAGAUUAUAAGAAGGUCUCAAUUAGGAUACACAGAGAGAUGCAGUUGCUUUUGACCCACAUUAAAGAAAAAGAGAAAUUUAUUAAAACCUUGAAAAAAGAGCUGCAAGAUCUGGAGACAGAGGCCGAGAAAAGAGCAGAUUCAAACAAACAAGAGCUGGAAGAACUGAGAAUGAGAGUGGCAAUGAUGGAACUGGAGAACUCUCAGCUGAUGAACCAACAAAACCAACAGUAGAGAUUCCAGCAGCUGAGAUCAGUGCUCAAAGGAAUGGAUUCAACAUUGUUAAACAGGGUGCUUACUGAGGAAGGAUUUUUUUGGCAUCUUAAGAAGUUACAGUUAUUUCUCUCAGGCACUUCAAUCAUUUCACUUACCUUUCAUAAAUGUUAUUUGAUUUAA